CGUGGUGAUAUUUAGAUCCGCUAAGUUCCUGAGGAAAAGUUUGAGUAGCUUCAACCAGAAGUGCUAGCACCAUUUGCGAAGCUUACAGGAAAGGAGGCAGACCAAUUAUUGCUGUUGACGUUGUUUCUGUCGUGAGAAAGUAUGGAAUCUGUCGCACAGAAAACGUUGAAAUCAGGAUUCAGUCUGGACCUGGCACCUCUGAAGGAGCCCUUGGCUUUCCUCCGUGUGCUGGAAUGGGUUUUCUCCAUAUUUGCCUUCGCUACAACUGGAGGUUACAGCGGCAUGACGAGUGUCAAUGUGCGGUGCCAGGACAGACCCAAUCAAGAAGUGAAAGCAGACUUUUACUACCCAUUCAGGUUGGUGCAAUACACAUAUGAUGUUCCCGACUGUAAAAUCAACGCCUCGUCUACUACUACUCACCACUUGACUGGAGACUAUUCAUCCUCACCAGAGUUCUUCGUCUGUAUUGGAGUGUUCGCUUUUCUUUAUACGACUGCUGCACUAGUUCUCUAUUUGGGUUAUCAACACGUAUACAGAGAGUCGAGUCGUGGCCCCAUUGUGGACCUGUUGGUGACUGCAGUCUUCGCCUUUCUGUGGUUGGCAUCAUCUUCAGCUUGGGCAAAAGCAUUGUCCGAUGUGAAGUGGGCCACAGAUCCUUCAACCAUUGUGUCUCUUCUAGAUGUUUGUAAGGGUGGCACACACACCUGCACCCAGGGCGCUGUGCCACAUAUGGGCCGACUUAAUGCUUCAGUGAUUUUUGGUUUUCUUAACGUCAUACUGUGGAGUGGCAACUGCUGGUUUAUUUACAAAGAGACUCCCUUCCACAAAUCUGCCAGCCCACCAGCAGACGUGGAAGGUGUGGUCACACCACAAUAAUUAGUUUUCUCCUCUCAGAACUACUUGACAUGUCAUGUUGAAUGAGUCAUUUGGUCCUAGGAAUACUGUAGAUUUCAUGGUAUACAUUUCAAAAACAGCUUUUUUGUGGCUUAUUUGUUAAUUUUAUAUUUAAGGGUUUUUUUUUUUUUUUUUUAAAUCAUUUCUGUAGUUAGUGCAACUGGCCAUUAACACUGGUAUCAGUUCAGAUUCAUGUGGGUGCUUGUGAAAAUGUUACUGUUUUGCAUUUUGAAACAUUUAGACUCUGUCAUACAAAAUGUCCCGUAUCUCUGCUCAUAGUUCAGGUGAUACCUUACACCCACCAGUUCAAGGCCAACAAAGCAAUUAACCAAAAAAUACAUCAGGGUUGAGGGGGUGUAUCAGUAAAAAAAAAAAAAAAGACACUUGGAUUGUGUUGUCAAUACUGACUCGUUGAAAAAAAUUUAACUUUAGUCUAAAUCUUGAAGGAAUUUGAAAGGGUAAUUUGAAUAAAUUGAUGUUAAAUUAGAAAAACAAGUUGCCAAAGUGACUAUCAUUGGUAAUGGGUGAAAAAGUUUUACUUCGGCUUUUUGUUUUAUAGCAGAAAAAGUGACAUACACUGUUUUGAACAUGUUUGCGCGCUAUGAAUGUUGAGGUUUUUUUUUUUUUGUAUGAACUUGAUGUUUUCCUUAAAGGAUGUUUUACAUUUCUGUUUUGCAUGUUGGUAACGUUUAAGGAUUCUCUAAGAACAUACCACAGCCAAGUCUGAGAGCAUUUCAGUGUGUUCUCUCUAUUGUAUGGUCUUGGAGAGUUAUUUGCUGUUAAUUUUGUUUCAUAGGCAGUUGGCUAACCUGUUAAUAACUAAGUGGGUUUUUUGGGGUUUGGGGUGGUAGGGGAGAGGGUUGCUGCUUCUACCUCUUUUGCUGUUGGAACAGGACAACCCCCCCCCCCCCCCCCCAAUACUUUUUUUUAAAUCGCAAGUUGCUUAAGUCACAGCUCCAUUUAUAAUGUAGCACUGUGUUCCUGAAAGUGCCAAAUAAAUGAAACUGGAGUUGGACUCCAGGAAGACUGCAUGGACAUGAAAAAUGUUUUGGAACAUUAAAAAAAAUGAUUUGGCUUUG